AUGAAGGUCAACGAAGGAGCUGUAGUAACAGGCUCUAGAAAUUUACAAAAACUCGUGGCUAUUAAGGAGACGCCGUACCCUAAAUUGGAAGAUGAUAUGAUUAUUGUGAAAGUAGUCGCCUAUGCUGUCAACCCAACAGAUUGGAAACAUAUUUUCCCUGAGUCAUUUGCUUCACAUCUAGUUUCUGAAUUCGCUAAGAAGUUUGGUCUUGGUUUUCGCAGGCUUGAGUGCCCAUUGGGUUACAUUGGGUCACGUAUCGGAUACUUUGUGGGAAAGAAUCUUACAAUAGCUCAAAAGGGAGUCGUUGUUGGGUCAGAUGUUAGUGGAAUAGUGGAAGAAAUUGGCAAGAAUGUGACUGGUUUUAAAAAAGGGGAUAUUGUUGCUAGUUCGCUCCAUGGUGGAAUGAAUACUAAUGGCGGUUUUUCUAAGUAUGUGAUGGUUAGCUCGAAUGCAACAAUCAAGUUUCCUGAUUCUCAGAUACUGAAAGAAGCUCUUAGUCAAGGUUAUCACCCAAGCACUACUAUUAAUUCUUUUGAAGCUGCUGCUUCCGUACCUGUGGGUCUUAAAACCAUUGCUUUAAGCUUCCAUGAUAAUUUUAAGAUACCAACAAACAAGGAUGAAAAUAAAAAUGAUUAUAUCUUGAUCUGGGGAGGAGCUACUGCUACUGGUAUUAUGGCAAUUCAAAUUGCUAAAUUGGUUUAUGGUAUCAAUGUAAUAACAACUGCUUCAAAAAAAAACCAUAGUGCAUUGAUAGCGUUAGGAGCCGAUAAAGUGUUUGAUUAUAAUGAUGAUAGAGUUAUUGAGAAGUUGAAAAAGGCAGGAGAGGGCAGAAUCAAAUAUGGCUUGGAUUGUGUAUCGAAUGUCGAUACAUUUCAAUCUGUCUAUGAUGCUACAGAAGGAUCAGAAGGUGUUUGCGUCGAUAAUCUUUUAUUCUUAAAUAAGAAAACUAUAUCUAUCAAGCCAGAAAGAAAAGUUAGGUUUGCAAUCACGAAUGGAUAUUUAGUUGAUGGAAGAAAGCACUUCGGGGAAAAGGCAUCGCCAGAAAUGAUAAAAUCUUAUCUUCAGUUCUGGAAUGACCACCUUCCCCUUGUUUUAGAUAAGAUUAAAACUGCUCCAUUAGAAGUAUUACCAGCCGGUUUGGAGUCAGCAAAUGAGGGCCUAAACUUGCUUAUCGAGAAUAAGGUAAGUGGAAAAAAAGUUGUAUUUAGAAAUAAAGAAUAA